AGGCUGUGGAGGGAAUAUAACUCAGAUUGGUUCCAGCAGUUUUCCAUCAUCUCCCAAACAAGCCACAGCCAGUACAUUGUGAGCCCCCAGAUUACAAUUCAAACAGCAGGAAACGGCAAAUGAGAAAAUAAGGAGCAGAGUGUGGGGGGGAGAACAGGAAAUACCCGAAUAACCCUGCUCACUGUGUGACUUACCUCUGGGAGCAGCAAGAUGGCGGCCUGGGUGUACCAAGAUGGCGGCGGGUGCACAGGUGGUGUACUCUCACGAGUCGAAGGUGUACCAAGAUGGCGGCGUUGGAGUUUCCGGUGGGACUAGACUCUCUGUUUCCGUCAAGAGAAGACCAAGAUGGCGUCGCCCAGGGCUAGUUCCCAGGAUGAGAGCGGGGACUGUGUGAUGGGGAGAGGUAGGUCGGUCACUCACCGUCUGGAGGAGAGGAGGGGGAGUCAGGUUUAAUUAAUAGAUAUUCUUCUGUAUGUGGGGUUUAUAUACUGCAAGUGCCCUCAAUGAUUAAUGAUUCUGCUGUAUGUGGGGUUCAUAUACUGGAAGUGUCCUCAAUGAUUAAUGAUUCUGCUGUAUGUGGGGUUCAUAUACUGCAGGUGCCAAUGAUUGAUGAAAAGUUCUGCUGUAUGUGGGUUUCAUGUACUACAGGUGUCAAUGAUUGGGUUCAUAUAAUGUAAGUGCCCUUAAUUAAUAAUAACUGCUGCUGUAUAUGAAGUUCAUAUACUGCAGGAGUCCUCAAUGAAAGGUGCUGCUGUAUGUGGCAUUCAGAUACUGCAGGAGUCCUCAAUGAUUCAUGGGAAGUUCUGCUGUUAGUAGGAUUCACAGUAAUUAAUUAAAUUCGUCAGCCUGCAAUAUUAUUAUCUGUUUAAAUAUUUUGUCAAGAACAUAUAACAGCAACUAAUUGACACGUAAGUACUGUUAACGCAUGCAAAAGGUAAAGAGGGCACUGCAGUAUGUAGAAUUCAUAUACAGAUUCCUAAAUGAUUAAGAAAGCAUCAUAUUGGCCUGAAAUUAAUGGCCAGGAGCAUAAUUAACAGUUGCUAAUUGUAUUGUCUGUCAUUUGAUUGCUAAGCAGAAUCCAGCCUGGAAAUCUGGGCAGGAACAAGAAUCAUGAGUUAUGGGAUAACUCCAAGCACCAUAAGCACCGCUGAGUGACUGGCACCCUGCCAGAGUAAGUAAACAGACUGUCGAACGGUUUUACAACUUUCCUGGAUCCUCGUGCCACUUCCAUUGCCGCAGGAAGCAGCUGCUGCUGAACUAAACCUGACUGCGCAGACCUAAUAUAAUCAGCUGUCACUAAACCUGACUGCGCAGAGCUAAUACAAUCAGCUGUCACUAAGCCUGGCCGCGCAGAGCUAAUAUAAUCAGCUGUCACUGAACCUGACUGCGCAGAGCUAAUAUAAUCAGCUGUCACUGAGCCUGGCCACGCAAAGCUGCUAAUAAUCAGCUGUCACUAAGCCUGGCCGCGCAGAGCUAAUAUAAUCAGCUGUCACUAAACCUGACUGCGCAGAGCUAAUAUAAUCAGCUGUCACUAAGCCUGGCCAUGCAGAGCUAAUAUAAUCAGCUGUCACUAAGCCUGGCCGCCCAGAACUAAUAAUAAUCAGCUGUCACUGAGCCUGGCCGCCCAGAGUUAAUAUAAUCAGCUGUCACUAAGCCUGGCCGCCCAGAGCUAAUAAUAAUCAGCUGUCACUGAGCCUGGCCGCCCAGAGCUAAUAUAAUCAACUGUCACUUAGCCUGGCCGCGCAGAGCUAAUAUAAUCAGCUGUCACUGAGCAUGGCCGCGCAGAGCUAAUAUAAUCAGCUGUCACUAAGCCUGGCCACCCAGAGUUAAUAUAAUCAGCUGUCACUAAGCCUGGCCGCCCAGAGCUAAUAUAAUCAGCUGUCACUAAGCCUGGCCGCCCAGAGCUAAUAUAAUCAGCUGUCACUAAGCGUGACUGUGCAGAGCUAAUAUAAUCAGCUGUCACUAAGCCUGACUGCGCAGAGCUAAUAUAAUCAGCUGUCACUAAGCCUGACCGCGCAGAGCUAAUAUCAGCUGUCACUAAGCCAGGCCUCGCAGAGCUAAUAUAAUCAGCUGUCACUGUGCUAAGUCUGGCCUUGCAGAGCUAAUAUAAUCAGCUGUCACUAAGCCUGGCCGCCCAGAGCUAAUAUAAUCAGCUGCCACUAAGCCUGACUGCGCAGAGCUAAUAUAAUCAGCUGUCACUAAUCCUGACUGCGCAGAGCUAAUAUAAUCAGCUGUCACUAAGCCUGACUGCGCAGAGCUAAUAUAAUCAGCUGUCACUGUGCUAAGUCUGGCCUCGCAGAGCUAAUAUCAGCUGUCACUGAGCCUGACUGCGCAGAGCUAAUACAAUCAGCUGUCACUAAGCCUGGCCUUGCAGAGCUAAUACAAUCAGCUGUCACUAAGCCUGGCCUUGCAGAGCUAAUACAAUCAGCUGUCACUAAGCCAGGCCUCGCAGAGCUAAUAUAAUCAGCUGUCACUGUGGUAAGUCUGGCCUCACAGAGCUAAUAUAAUCAGCUGUCACUGAGCAAGGCCGCGCAGAGCUAAUAUAAUCAGCUGUCACUAAGCCUGACUGCGCAGAGCUAAUAUAAUCAGCUGUCACUAAGCCUGACUGCGCAGAGCUAAUAUAAUCAGCUGUCACUAAGCCUGACUGCGCAGAGCUAAUAUAAUCAGCUGUCACUAAGCCUGACUGCGCAGAGCUAUCAGCUGUCACUAAGCCUGACUGCGCAGAGCUAAUAUCAGCUGUCACUAAGCCUGACUGCGAGCUAAUAUCAGCUGUCACUAAGCCUGACUGCGCAGAGCUAAUAUCAGCUGUCACUAAGCCUGACUAAGCAGCUAAUAUCAGCUGUCACUAAGCCUGACUGCGCAGAGCUAUCAGCUGUCACUAAGCCUGACUGCGCAGAGCUAAUAUCAGCUGUCACUAAGCCUGACUGCGCAGAGCCAAUAUCAGCUGUCACUAAGCCUGACUGCGCAGAGCUAAUAUCAGCUGUCACUAAGCCUGACUGCGCAGAGCUAAUAUCAGCUGUCACUAAGCCUGACUGCGCAGAGCUAAUAUCAGCUGUCACUAAGCCUGACUGCGCAGAGCUAAUAUCAGCUGUCACUAAGCCUGACCGCGCAGAGCUAAUAUCAGCUGUCACUAAGCCUGGCUUUGCAGAACUAAUACAAUCAGCUGUCACUAAGCCAGGCUUCGCAGAGCUAAUAUAAUCACCUGUCACUGAGCCUGGUCGCCCAGAGCUAAUAUAAUCAGCUGUCACUGUGCUAAGCCUGGCCGCGCAGAGCUAAUAUCAGCUGUUACUAAGUCUGGCCUCGCAGAACUAAUAUAAUCAGCUGUCACUAAGCCAGGCCUCGCAGAGCUAAUAUAAUCACCUGUCACUGAGCCUGGUCGCCCAGAGCGAAUAUAAUCAGCUGUCACUGUGCUAAGCCUGGCCAUGCAGAGCUAAUAUAAUCAGCUGUCACUGAGCCUGGUCGCCCAGAGCUAAUAUAAUCAGCUGUCACUAAGCCUGACUGCGCAGAGCUAAUAUAAUCAGCUGUCACUAAGCCUGGCCACGCAGAGCUAAUAUAAUCAGUUGUCACUGUGCUAAGUCUGGCCUCGCAGAGCUAAUAUAAUCAGCUGUCACUAAACCUGGCCACGCAGAGCUAAUAAUAAUUAGCUGUCACUAAGCCUAGCCGCGCAAAGCUAAUAUAAUCUACCUACUGUUGAAAGGUGCCAGGGCUGUAGUGGUUAUGGUGCUUGGAGUGUUCCUUUAAUGAAAAUAUUUAAAAGGUAUAGCUGCAUUUUAAAAAUGUACAUAAUGCUGCUACAUUAUGUAAUAGAUUUAAAACAGAAGAAAAUAACCUUUAUCACAGACACAACUUCCAUAAAGAUGCAGGAAACCAGCAGAUCAAAUGACAGAGUAUUUUACCAUUGUUGCCUGUGAUUUAUUGUUUAUUUCCCCAUUAGGGCACGUUCUCCUCUGUAAUAACCCCAUGUUAAUUGCAGUAGCCCCUGUGCCUAAAAUGUGUUAAUUUUUCCAUAGAAAAUCCUAACCCUGAGCUGGGCAUGAACCCAGUUGACAGUCCUGCAGAGCAUGAAGCUGAACAGAACAAUCAUGGAGAGGACGACGAGGUGCUUGAGAGAGCCCUGAAAGAAGCGCAAAGGUUGGGAAGUCAUAAGGAUCCUGAGAUUAAAGUCCCUUCAGACGUCAGUGGUCCGCUGCUUGAGAUGUUCCUGCUUAUCAGUGGGAGUCACAUUCCCAUCCGGAGCCAGCAGAAGGGGGAUCCUGAAUUUAGCCAGGAGCAGAAGAUGGCCAUGCUACUUGAACUGUAUGACUCAAAACCUCUCGUGUUCCUUGAACGUUUCUGCAAGGUUCUGACGGAGGAACACUUACAGUGCUUCAGCCAUCUUAAAGGAGACUACACCGCCGAAUUCUACUGUAAGGAGGUCCGCAAGGCCUCUCUUAAGAAGCUGGAUCACACCCGAAUCCGAAACAAGAGGUACGCCGCCCUUCAGAAGCUUAUAACAGGUAACCUUCAUGUUAGUGCAGGUAUUUUAGGAAGUAAUGAAGUCAGUAUCCGUGUAUAGAUACUCAGUAUCAUUAUACAGAGCGGUGUGUUCAUUAUCAGUGUAUAGAUACUCAGUAUCAUUAUAUAGAGGGCGUGUUCAUUAUCAGUGUAUAGAUACUCCGUAUUAUUAUACAGAGCGGUGUGUUCAUUAUCAGUAUAUAGAUACUCAGUAUCAUUAUACAAAGCGUCGUGUUCAGUAUCAGUGUAUAGAUACUCAGUAUCGUUAUACAGAGCUGUGUGUUCAUUAUCAGUGUAUAGAUACUCAGUAUCAUUAUACAGAGCGUCGUGUUCAGUAUCAGUAUAUAGAUACUCAAUUAUUAUACAGAGCGGUGUGUUCAUUAUCAGUGUAUAGAUACUCCGUAUUAUUAUACAGAGCGGUGUGUUCAUUAUCAGUGUAUAGAUACUCCGUAUUAUUAUAGGAAAGGGUUUGUUCAUUAUCAGUGUAAUGCUGUUAAUUAUCUGUAUAUAGACUCUUACUCAUUCUAUUAAUAUCAGCAGUCCCUGUCAUUGUAUAGCUACUCUGUAUCAUUAUAUAUUGUGCUUUGCACAUGCAGCGGGGGAAUAUUUCAGCGAUGAGCAGAUGCGGGAGCGAGACCCUCUCAUGUACGAGCACUAUAUCGGCCAGUAUCAGAGCGAGGAGGAGAUCAUGUCCCAGAACAGGAAGGACAUGUCACAGGCCACCUGCCUGUCCGAUGUCCUUCUCGAUUCCUGCCAGGAGGAGGCACUGCAGAGGAGGCUUGAAGCCCAGAGGCAGCUGGAAGACGAUUGUAUGGAGGAGGAGGAGGAUGAAGAUGAAGAGGAUGAGAAGGAAGGUAUUGAAGAUCUCAUUGUGCUUUCAAGAAAUCUUGUGUUUCAAAAAACAAUACUUUCAUAUAUCUUUUAAUCAAUCCCAUAUUUAUCAGUUUUGCUAGUCCCUGCAUCAGCCUCCUGUAUGUAAUUAAACUUCAAUUUACAGAGCAGGAGAUAACUUCUAAAGUAAACAUACUGUGCUGUAACAUCUGAUUGAAAAUACUUAUUUUUAAUGCAGUCUGUUUCCGUCACAGUCGUGGUGUUGGACUAGGGCUGCAUAAACAUAAACAAAAGUGAUUUAACUCCUUAAGGGCAGUGAAUUGAACAGUGAGAGUGCGGAGACAUGAUCUAUACACCAAAACUGCUUUAUUAAAGGGUAAUUAUAGUGCAAAGUUGUUUUCCUAGCACUAUAUACCCCUGUCCCUCGCGCCCAAUCCCCCCCAAUAAGGGGUUUUAAUCCUACUAAACACAAAACAUAACGUUUAUUACGAUUGUCAUUAAAAUUUCUCACUAAAGUUGUUUUGGUGCCAAGAGUUUCCCUUUAGCUCAGGAUGUACAGGGUUAUUUACAAAAGUGAAAAUCCAAAGUAAAUUUCAAAUUUAAGGCCAAAGUAGUCGAACUUGGACCACAACUGAGGGGGGGAAUUCUUUUGGUUUUACUAUUUUGGCCUUAAAUGGGAAUUCCCAAUAAUCCUCCCUUUAGUAAAUGACCCUGUUGGUGUCCUUUCUGUAAGACUGUCAGGAGCUAAAUCUGCUCAGACUGCUCGCCGCAUGCCUGAUGUUUUGCAAUAAAGGGGCAGGUCAGCAUUUUAUCUGCCCAGGGAUCCUGAAAUAAACCCAGUGCUGUGCAGUCAGAACACAAACUGCAGGGCUGCCACACACUAUUCAGAUUAUUUACUGCUAACCUUCUGUGCUCUAUCAUAGAGUCAGAGCUUCAGUCAGAUGGAGAGCAAGCCAUGGACAGUGAGGAGAGAGCUCUCAUGAGAGAAGAAUUCAUCAGUCGCAUGCACCAGAGAUUCCUGGAUGGAAUGGAUCGAGACUUUGACUAUAGGUACUUACAAACUCAUAGCUCCUUCUGUCUGUGUCACCCUGCAGUGGGAGGAACAGACUCCGUGUCCCAUAACUCCUUCUGUCUGUGUCACCCUGCAGCGGGAGGGACAGACUCCGUGUCCCAUAGCUCGCUUCGGUCUGUGUCACCCUGCAGUGGGAGGGAGAGACUCCUUGUCCCAUAGCUCCUUCUGUCUGUGUCACCCUGCAGUGGGAGGGACAGACGCUGUGUCCCAAAGCUCCUUCUGUCCUCGUCACCCUGCAGUGGGAGGGAAAUACUCUGUGUCCCAUAGCUCCCUCUGUCUGUGUCACCCUGCAGUGAGAGGGACAGACUGUGUGUCCCCCAUAGCUCCUUCUGUCUGUGUCACCCUGCAGUGGGAGGGACAGACUGUUUGUCCCAUAGCUCCUUCUGUCUGUGUCACCCUGCAGUGGGAGGGACAGACUCCGUGUCCCAUAGCUCCUUCUGUCUGUGUCACCCUGCAGUGGGAGGGACAGACUCUGUAUCCCAUAGCUACCUUCUGUCUGUGUCACCCUGCAGUGGGAGGGACAGACUCCGUGUCCCAUAGCUCCUUCUGUCUGUGUCACCCUGCAGUGGGAGGGACAGACUCCGUGUCCCAUAGCUCCUUCUGUCUGUGUCACCCUGCAGUGGGAGGGACAGACUCCGUGUCCCAUAGCUCCUUCUGUCUGUGUCACCCUGCAGUGGGAGGGACAGACUCUGUGUCCCGUAGCUACCUUCUGUCUGUGUCACCCUGCACUGGGAGGGAAUGACUCCGUGUCCCAUAGCUACCUUCUGUCUGUGUCACCCUGCAGUGGGAGGGACAGACUCUGUGUCCCAUAGCUACCUUCUGUCUGUGUCACCCUGCAGUGGGAGGGAAAGACUCUGUAUUGAAAGUGCUUGUUGUUUUUUUAUUACAUAUAUUUUAUGAUUAUUGUUAUUACAGUUAUAUUCUUUUUUUUCUGACAGUGAAGUUGAUGAGAACCCAGAUUUUGAUAACCUGGAUAUUGUCACACAUGAUGAGGAAGAGCGAUACUUUGAUGAUAAUGAUGAUGAUGAUGAUAUGGAAGCCACAGAAACCGAGGUGGAAGAAAAGGGGGUAAAAGAGUGACUAAUUAGACCUCCGCACUUGUUCCUUUCACAUUGUGCUCUGAACAUGGCGUAAUGUGCACGCCACGCCGUUAUUCUCCCUGGAGUCAUCCAGCGGCUUUUCUACCAAGGGUUUCCACAGUAAGACCACUCAGUGAACCUGCCCUGUCUGAGUGCUUUACAGACCAUGUCCACUAGAGGUCAGCAGGGUCCCAAACCUCAAGAGUUCAUUCACUGGAAACGCAUCUGACACAAAAAUAAAGACUGUUUAAUGGCUGCAGAUAUAGGGUGUAACAUGGACACCACAAAAACCUUCUCAGGAUGUGACACAUAAGCUAGCAUCGUGGAGCAGGAGGUAUUUGUCCCUUUAUAAUUCUAUAGAAAGACAAUGUGCGUGCCAGCGUUCUACAUUAGAACUGUGACCAGUUGAUCAGAGCGUUUUCCUAAAUCUCGUGUCACUGACCGCCUUCAAGCCAUGCGGCUUGUGACGUGAAUACGUUGAGCAUCCCUCUCCAUGUUUCACAGCAUAGUCUGUUUACACUGGGGUUUCCUUUUUAAUAAACAGCCAGCCGUAUUGAAUUUAACAUACAGGAUAAAGUCGCCAAGCUGUAUCUAUAGUGAGUUGGAGGAUUUUUCUGCUCAUUUUCCCAGUGUCUCUUGCUUAUUGUUUACUGACCCCAGAGUAUAUUGAAUCUUGCCGAUAAGCUCCGAUAUUUGUCAUUAUCUAGUUUGCGCUCAUUUUCCUUCCAUUUCAUUUCUUGAGGAACAUGUGGAGUCACUUGUAACGUAAUGAUUGAAUGGCGGCUGACAUUGAAUAGGCACCUUUCACACAAAAUAACCACACUUUCCCAUGAUCCUCUGCAACAAAAUGUCUCCCGUGUGCUGGUUUUGCAGACACACUUUCCGCAGGAUUGUAAGAAUAGAAGUUUGUUUUAAAUAAUCCUACCCUCCGGAUUGUUAACUUGUUUCCCUGCAUCAUUAUGCACAGCUUCCUGCCCGUCUGUAUUUUUAGUUUAAAUUAGAGUCAAAGAAUAGGCACCAAUCUAAUUCCUUGUACAUUAUUUGGGUUAAAAAAAAGUAUCCUUUUUUUUUUUUUUCUCUUCCUUUUUUUUUUCAUACGAAGCUAGUAACUUUAGGAUGUAGUCUAAUAAAACCAAAAUGUGUUAGUUAAAUCUCGCCUUAAUAAUAUAAAAACCUUUUCCUACCUGCCAUGACCAUUGAGAGCUGGCUGGUUAACCUAGAUGUUUGUGGAAUACGCUUCCGAUAAUGCACAGCUAUUCCAGGAAUAUCUGGGAUUGCCGUCUCUGUUCUGUAGAGACUAGAGACUGUGUGUUCGUCUCAGUUUAUGGUUAAGAAACCAGAAUCUCUGUAAGAUGAGCCCAUUUUGGGGAUUUUUCCUUUUGUGAAACUUUUCAAUAUGCAUUUAACUAAAUAAGAAAGAUGGAUGCUAUUAAAUAAAUGCUUAUAUAUUUGUUAGCUUGUUUCUGAAUGUUUUCUGCAAGGAUUUCUUUAAGUUUUUACAUUCGAUUAAAAUGUUAUAUUUUGUACAGAUGAAUACAUAUUUUCUAAAAUUAGAAUAUAUUAAAAAAAAAAAUAAAAAAUGGUCUUGGCGAUGGGGGAGAUAUGAUCGGUUAAUGGAAAGGCUUAUAAAUACCUCGG